GCAGCGGAACAUCAUAAUCAGCGCCGUUAACGGAGAUGUGAUGCGCCCUCCUUCUCCCACAUGGACCGGAACCACGCAGCACCACGUGACCCCGGAGCUCUGGACUGAACGAGCAUCUCACACCGCAUCAUGGCUGCGGAGGAUGCAGCCGCGCGGUCCCGACCCGGAGCCGUGCUCUCCCGCGGGGCUCCGCUGUCUCCCUCCCGCCUGCUGCUGCUCUCCCUGUCCGCCUGCUCGCUGCUCCCCGCCCCGGCGCGCGGCUUGCUCGGAUUCCGUCCGGAGGAGACCGGAGCGGAGCUGUCCGUGGCGGACGGGGUGCUGAAAGCCACCGAGGGGACCCGCUUCAUGCUGCGGGUGUAUUACUCCACCUCCCCGCAGAGGCUCAACCGCACCGCGUCGACACGCGCCAACAACGCCGCGCCCUGGAUCGCCUUCAUCGAGGAGCCGACCCCCGGGAGAGAGGGACAAGUUCACCCGAAGCGGAACAUGUGCAUGGACAAGAACGCCAGGACGUCCGACAUCGAGGUUUUGGGGUCUUUCAAGUCUGCGUCCAGUCAGAACUCGGUGCUGGUGGAGCUGCUGGCGAAGGACCUGCGGAGGGGGGAGAAGAUCAAGUACUACUCCAUGUGCGCCUUUGACGGGUCCAAAUGGGAACACUACCGGACUCGGGACUUCUGGGUGGCCGUGGUGGAGCGCUCGGCGGUCCCGGAGCUGUGGCUGCAGGUGUUAGUGUCCGUCCUGCUGCUCGGGCUGUCAGCUCUGUUCAGCGGGCUGAACCUGAGCCUGCUGGCGCUGGACCCGGUGGAGCUGCAGGUCCUCCAGAACAGCGGCACCGACAAGGAGCAAAACUACGCGCGGAAAAUCGAGUCUGUGCGUCGGCACGGAAACUACGUCCUGUGCACUCUGCUGCUCGGCACCGCGAUCAUCAACGCCUCGCUCGCCGUGUGGAUGUGCCAGAUUUUGGGCAUGACCUGGCUCUCCACGGUCAUCUGCGCCUUUGGCAUCUUCUUCAUCGGGGAGAUCCUCCCGCACUCGGUGGCGUCGCGUCACGGUUUAGCCAUCGCCUCCAAAACCAUCUGGGUGACGCGGCUGCUGAUGGUGCUCUCCUUCCCCAUCUCCUACCCCAUCAGCAAACUCCUGGACCUCAUCCUCAACCAGGAGAUCUCCAACUUUUACACCAGGGAGAAACUCCUGGAGAUGCUGCGCGUCACGGACCCGUACCACGACCUGGUCAAAGAGGAGCUCAACAUCAUCCAGGGCGCGCUGGAGCUGCGCACCAAAACCGUGGAGGACGUCCUGACGCCGCUCACCGACUGCUUCAUGCUGGCCUCGGACGUCGUGCUGGACUUCAACACCAUGUCGGACAUCAUGCAGAGCGGAUACACGAGGAUACCGGUGUUUGAGAACGAGCGGUCCAACAUCGUGGACAUCCUGUUUGUCAAGGACCUCGCGUUCGUGGACCCGGACGACUGCACCCCGCUGAAGACCAUCACCCAGUUCUACAAACACCCGCUGCACUGCGUCUUCAACGACACCAAGCUGGACGCCAUGCUGGAGGAGUUCAAGAAAGGUGAGGAGGGCGCGUGA